UCGAGGUACGCUGUUGCCUCGCAGGCGUCCCAAAGAACGAAAGGAAGAAAGGAAGAAAGUAGAGGGAACAACAAAUCGGCCUUGAGGGAACCUUCUCCCCUCGACUCGGCACAGCUUCCCCCCCGGAAGUAACGCAAAAGCUGUCCAGCGUGAGGAAACCCCUCGACCGCCCGAGAGCACGGAUGGAUCCCAGGAAAGGGGUUUGCCCCCAUCGGAGCGUGCCGGUGGAAACUGAUGAAUCCAUGACGUCGUCCACCCUGGACCUGGUCUGGCCUCCCUCUUGUCAGCAGUGCCUCAGGCAAACGGAGACCCGAGUGAGGCUGGCGGAGGAGGACUUGGAGCCGCCUGGGGCGACAGUAAUCCAGGGGACACGUCCGGAGAGAGGUGGCGGAGGAGAUCAGCGUCCCUCUAUCCCUUCCCCGGCACAAAUCUUUCCCCUGGCAGGUGUUUGGCCGCAGGCCCACACAGAACGGUUUCUACACGGCAGGGACCCCACGGUGAACCACUGGAGCGGCUUUGCCUACACCUCCAACCUGCCUCAGGAGUGCUCUGCAGAGGAGGUGGACGUCUUGGAGCCUCCUCUGCCGCUCAUGUCGGACUUACACAGCCCCUGCUAUGCCUCGCCACGAUACCCAGCUGCGCACACACCCAGGCGAUGCCCUGAUCCGGUCUAUGGCUGUCAUGUCAGACAGUUUGCGUUGUCUGAAAAUCCAGCCCACAACGCUCACAACCAGUGUCAACGUACACCGCCUAAUUACCCCUAUGGGCCGCACCAGGAGUUUCAACCCUGCCCACCUUCCUGGCGUCCCCAAACGACUGCUUCGACUAGAAGCAGAACCUACCUGAAAAAUGCCCCGGGCGGCCCCGGCGGGAACGCGCCCCGGUGCGCGGCCCCUCCGAGAGAGAUCAUGGGCGAGGUCGGCGUGGGGCUGUUCUGCUGUGACGCUGUGGCGACACGAGCGGGAACACAGGAGAUGAAGAAGACCAUCAGCUUACCGGAGGAGUGCAGGAACAUCUUCAUCACAUAUUCGGUGGACACGGCCACGGAGAUGAUUCCUUUCACCAAGUUUCUCACCAACCAGGGCUUCAACCCGGCGAUCGAUAUCUUCGAUAACCCGAUUCGGAGGAUGGAUAUCACCAAAUGGAUGGACAGCUUCCUGAAGGAUAAAUCGGUGCUCAUCGUCGUGGUGAUCAGCCCCAAGUACAAGGAGGACGUGGAGGGAGACGGGGACGACGAACACGGUCUGCACACCAAGUAUAUUCACAAUCAGAUCCAGAACGAGUUCAUCCAGCAGCGCUGCCUGAAUUUCCGGCUGGUUCCUGUGCUGUUCCCCUCCGCCACCAAGAAGCACGUCCCCACCUGGCUGCAGAGCACCAGGAUCUACCGCUGGCCCCAGGACACCCAGGAUCUGGUCCUCCGCCUGCUCAGAGAGGAGCGCUACGUGGCCCCGCGGCUAGGGCAGGAGCUAACCCUGACAGUACGACCGCUGUGAACAGGACCGGCAGUAAACGGACGCAGGCCUUUGGCAGAACUGAUUCCAGCACUUCAGCAUUCACUCCUUCGCUUCUUCAAGAUUAGACACGCAAAGAUGUGCAAGGCCCUAGAAGAAGACUGCCUGUUCAGCCUUGCAGGGAGCGCCAUGCAUGGCGGGAAAUAAGGCGGGAAAUGUGGCCGUGCUCAAAAACCAAUCGCAGUUAUGAAAUUGAUCCUGUUAAUGCCAUCACAGUGCAGUUCUAAUACGUUCUACAUCACAAUCUCUGGUAGGGGGUUUUUAUUGCUGUGACGACGACCCUACUUUUAUCGAGAGUAAAGUAUUUUG